UCACUCGACGCACUUGCUCACCACAGCAACAACAUCAACGCAACUAGCGGAUAUGUUAGUGUCACCUCACCACAGCAGCACCACGGACCUACGGGUCACGCAGCAUACAUGGAGGGUGCCAGCAGAGUGCCUGAAAAGAUUGAAGAAGAAUAAGAAGUUGAAACGAUGUUUCACAAUCUUCAUAUAACUCUUCUCAUGGUGCCUGGUGUUGCGGUCAAAGCUCUUUUCUUCAGCCAGCAACUUUUGGCUUGGCUCUCCAUCUCUGUGUGUUUCAAGCAUGUCUCGUCUUGCCACGAUACCCCAUUUCCGUUUCGAGUUGCCCUUCCUCUUCCAAGCACUACAUUGUUUUCAUCAACACGUUCAGCUCUUAUUGCGUACAAGUGGUCCGAAAGAACUGAUCGACUACCAUCGCCUCAUUUCUUCAUUGACCACCAAGCAACAUCCCCGCUGACCUCUUCAUUCCCCACCUCCUAGUCAUCUAUUACCCUACAUUGUUCUUCUCUUUUGUCAUCUAGAAGGAAAUCUGUGUUC